AUGGAUUCGUCGACGCCAUUUCUGACGAACGAUGGUGUGGUAGAGGAUGAUUACGCUCCGGCGAGGAGCUGGUCCGAUGUGAAACAAGUGUUGGCUACUGAGUCGGCGAAGAUGUGGAUGAUCGCUGCUCCGGUUGGUUUCAACGUCAUCUGCCAAUACGGUGUUGGUUCCAUCACCAAUAUCUUCGUCGGACAUAUCGGCGAGAUCGAGCUCUCCGCCGUCUCUAUCUCUCUCUCCGUCAUCGGCACCUUCUCCUUUGGCUUCCUGCUUGGUAUGGGAAGUGCACUUGAAACACUUUGUGGUCAAGCAUUUGGAGCUGGUCAAGUUCAUAUGUUAGGUGUUUAUAUGCAGAGAUCUUGGAUUAUCUUGUUCGUUUCAUGUAUCUGCCUGCUUCCUAUUUACGUCUUUGCCACACCGGUUUUAAGGCUUUUGGGUCAAGCAGAGGAGAUUGCGGUUUCAGCAGGAGAUUUCACUCUCCUAACACUUCCUCAACUCUUCUCGCUUGCUUUCAAUUUCCCAACCUCCAAGUUCCUUCAGGCACAGAGCAAAGUGACAGUCAUUGCUUGGAUUGGGUUUAUGGCUCUCGUCCUACACGUUUUCAUGUUGUGGCUGUUUAUUUCAGUGUUUGGUUGGGGAACAACUGGUGCUGCUUUGGCUUUUAAUAUCACUAAUUGGGGAAUAGCAAUCUCUCAAAUCGUUUACGUUGUUGGUUGGGGUGUCGAAGGCUGGACUGGUUUGUCGUGGUUGGCUUUUAAAGAGAUUUGGAGUUUCGUUAGACUCUCCAUUGCAUCAGCUGUUAUGCUUUGUCUUGAAAUUUGGUAUAUGAUGAGUAUUAUCGUCCUUACUGGUCAUCUCGACAACGCUGUUAUCGCUGUUGAUUCUCUUUCUAUAUGCAUGAAUCUCAACGGCAUUGAGGCCAUGUUGUUCAUCGGUAUAAACGCUGCUAUAAGUGUCCGUGUCUCCAAUGAGCUUGGCCUAGGCAGACCACGAGCAGCUAAAUACUCUGUCUAUGUCACGGUCUUCGAGUCUCUGGUAAUUGGUCUUGUCUUUAUGGUGGCUAUCAUCAUAGGCAGAGAUCAUUUUGCCAUCAUCUUCACAAACAGCGAAGUACUUCAACACGCAGUGUCUAAGCUUGCCUAUCUUCUCGGUAUAACCAUGGUUCUCAACAGCGUGCAGCCGGUUAUUUCUGGUGUGGCUAUUGGUGCUGGUUGGCAAGGUUUGGUGGCUUAUAUCAACUUGGGCUGUUACUACAUUUUUGGCCUUCCCUUUGGCUAUUUUCUUGGUUACAUAGCAAACUAUGGAGUGAUGGGACUUUGGUCUGGAAUGAUAUCCGGAACUGCGCUUCAAACCUUGUUACUGAUAGUUGUUCUCUACAAGACAAACUGGAAUAAAGAGGUGGAGGAGACGAUGGAACGUAUGAAGAAAUGGGGAGGGAGCGAGACAAUAUCGCAGGAUGUAAUUGCGUGA